AUGCCAGCUGUUCUACCAUACUUCCCGUACAGCCGCCAGUCCAAAAAAAAGUCGCACAGGGGUGCAAUCACCGCGCGAAUGCUUGCAAAUUUGCUUGGGGUUGCCGGUGUAAAACACGUCAUCACUGUGGACCUUCAUGCCUCACAAAUGCAAGGCUUCUUCAAGUGCCCUGUGGACAAUCUUCACGCCGAACCCAUCAUCGCUAAAUGGAUCCGUCGAAAUGUCCCUAACUGGCGCGAAGCUGUUGUGGUAUCGAAAAAUGCUGGGGGUACUAAAAGAGUCACAUCACUCGCCGACGCUCUGAAGCUUAACUUUGGCCUGGUCACCACAGAUAGGAAACGCGGGACAAACAUGGCUGGCAGUAUGACAAUCAAUCAUCUCGACGCAGACGAGCUCCAAGAUGCUCGCGGAAGUUCUCCCAACAAUAUUCCAGAUAUUGUACCUCCUGGGAAUAUCGAGCGGAUUUCAGCCAGAAAUCCUAGGGUUGUCGCAGACUCUCGAGGUUCACCAGUUCGAUGUGCUCAAGGUGUGUCGAAGCCCCUAGGCACCCUCGCAUCGUUUGCCACCGAUGUAAAUAUCACGACGACGCGAAGUCCAGAGCAACCAGCGAUCUGUGACCAAGACUACGACGAUCGACGUGCACAGGAGGUGAUCCACGGCCGCUUGGUCCAGGGUCACAUAGUGGAGGAUGACUUCCCGUCUCCGCCAAGGUCCUUGACUGAAACCAGUGUGCAGGAAGAGGACCCAAUGACAGUAUCUCACGCCUCAUCUUUCUUCGUUCCGGAAGGGCAGGUUCUUGGUGGUGGUGGUGAUCAAGCAGCCAGUUCGGACGAGGAAGACAACGUAUUUCAGAAUCCAAAAGCCGAACAUAUGAUCACCCUCGUUGGGAACGUGAGGAACCGGACCGUCUUCAUUGUUGAUGACAUGAUUGACAAACCAGGAUCUUGGAUCGCCGCUGCCGAGACAGUGGUGAAGAAGGGAUUGGCCAAGAAAGUUUACUGCAUUGCAACGCAUGGCGUUUUUGGUGGAGACUGCCUGGAGCAGCUGCAGGCAUGUGAGUGUAUUGAUAUCAUCGUUGUCACAAACAGCUUCCCCAUCAACCAGGACCGGGCCAAGAUGACCAGCAAGCUGGUCAUUCUGGAUCUGUCUUUUCUCCUGGCUGAAGCCAUUCGCCGCAAUCACUACGGCGAGUCAAUAUCCCCACUGUUUCAGCAUACCGGCGACUAA